CAGAGGAACGCUGAACAUGGCAGGCAGAUGGCGAGCUCCAGGAGGCGAGUCUGAGGCCAGAGAUCCAGCUUCUUGGAGGAAGUUCUUCGUCAUCCUGACAGGAAGAACAAACGGAGCUCAUCAAUCUGUUGUUAAAAACUUUAAAUCUUUGGGUCAAACUGAGGCGAGGUCUCCUGAAGACGCUGACUACUGUCUGGUUUUCUGUCCCAUCUCUUAUCAAGUUCGAUCAGCCGUCAGUGAGGCCAUGGAGCAUCUUCCUGCUGGUAAAGCAGCCGUUCUGGUGGUGAUGCAUCACACCUUCAAUCCUGAACAAGUGAUUCCUCCGAGCCGCAGAGUGGUGACAGACCGGAGAGUCCGACUGACUGUGGACUGUCUGUUCCACCAGAACAAUCUGCUCAGCUGUGAACUCAACAGGAGCAUGAAGGCUGACAUCAAGACGCUCUUCAAAACCUCAAAGUACUUGGAGAAACAAGUGGAAACUCUUCUGGAAGAAAAUGCUGCGCAAGACAAGAUAAUCGAGGAAAUCAAGACCAAAGUGGAAACUCUGCAGGAAGAAAAUGCUACGAAAGACGAGAGAAUCAAGGAACUUGAGACUGAAGUGGCAACGCUGAAGCAGCAAGUUCUUAUCAACUCCCGGGUCAAUCCUCCAGUCAGUGAAGAGGAAAAUGGUCCCGUGGACCAGCGGAGUGACACUUCCUUACCGUCUGGACACAGCACCGAGAAGGAGGCUGAUCCAAAGGAGAAGAAGAAGAAGAAGAAGGGCAGAAAAGCUAUCUUCACAAAUUGUCUAAAAGCAAUACAAACAAAGAUAUUCGUGAACGACAGGAGAGAAGGUCACCGGAGAGCUGCUCUCACCAUGGAGGUGAGGAACCUUCUGUCCAGGAGGAACUUCAGGGUUCCAGUGUUCCUCCACACUGAGACAUCUCCACAGGCAGGUCCAAGUGGGUCAGAGGUCAUUCCACAGCGGAAGGAGCUGGAUAAAGACACAGAGAGCCUGAAAAGCCAAAAUGCUGAAGUACAAGCUGGACAUGCUCAAGAAAAAGAUUUGGAAAAACAAAAUGCCGAAUUCCUGAAAGAAUUGUCAGAGCAGACACAGAGAGGUGCUCUUCCUGUCAAAUCCCCAACCAGUGAUAUUUCAGUUCCUACAAGCAGUAAAGGAGAACCUGGAUCCAUGGACCAGUAGAACGAUACUGACAACAUGGCGAUGAUCGUCCUGUGAGACCAAAGCUGGAAGAAUCCCAACAUGUGGAUCAUGUGGAUGUGAAGGGAUCAAAUGAAUAUGGAAUCCUCUUCAACCUGAAGGGUGGAGCUGCUGGAGGGACUGAGUGAUGGAGCUGAGGCUGACGUUCAUGUCUGGGUCUGGAAUCUGGUCUGAAGCCCAGUUCAUACUGGAUCAGAAUGACCUCAGGACCUUUGGUGGUUUGUAAUAAUCUCAUCUGUGUUUUUAGUCCCGUCUGAAUGCACCAUGUCUGUAAUCAGGUAAUAAUCCCACCUCAAAUGAAAUCCAGAUUUGACCAAACUGACGUCCUCUGAUGAUACUGAUGUGGUCCAGUGGGAAACAUUCAUGGAAAUUUAAAUAUGUAAAUAAAUAAAAGCUCAAGCAUGGAUUCAAAA